GAACCAGAUGCAGUUUUUUGAAUUGGUUCAGAAUAGAACCCCUUCUAGAAGGCUCUCUUCCCCUGCAAAAAAAAAUUCUUAAAACCAUGUGUACCGGAUGAACCAGAUCAAGGUUGUGAAUGGGUUCAGAAAAGAACCCCUUCGAGAAGGCUCUCUUCCCCAACAAACGAAAACUUUUUUCGGAAGGGGAAGGGGAAGGGGAAGGCGGUGCGGUGUUGGUGAACGGGGAUGAUGCUUUUGUUGCAUGGUGCUGGUGAGGGCGGUGGCAUCCAUGAAGGAGGAGGAAGAGGAGAUGAAGGAAUGGACAGAGAUGGAUAUCAAGAUUUGGAGACGGAAAUCAAAUCUUGGCAACCGGAGGAUAGAAAUUCGGGCGUUUUCUGCUCUUACGCAGCAGAUAAUUCGGAUUUGAUUCCCAAAUCCGAGAAGUGGGAGUUAAAAGACGAGAUCAAAUGUGUGGUUGGAAAAGUAUUCAACAGUUCCAGAAUUGAUGCAUUACUAGUUCAAUAUUGGGCACCCAUAACAACAGACGGCGAGGCUAUUCUUACAACCCAAAACCAACCUUUCGCUCUUAGUAAAAUAUAUAAAGGACUUUGUUGGUAUAGGAUGAUCUCUAAAGACUAUAAAUUUUACGUGGAUGGGGGGGCUACUGAACAACAACUUGGGCUUCCUGGCCGUGUAUUCAAGCAUCAAUUGGUUGAGUCCUCUCCGAAUGUCGAGUAUUACUCUAACAAAGAGUAUCCACAACUCGAACAUGCUUUAAGUUGCCAAAUUAGAUCAGCUUUGGCUUUGCCCGUGUUUGAACCCGCGGACCAUACAUGUGUCGGUGUACUUGAGCUACUGUUUACCACCAGAGAUGCAUUCCUAAUUUUUUUGGAGGAAGCUUGUGCCUAUGAUGCUUUUCUGGAAUAUGUGACAUUCAUGAAUUUACACGCAUUUGAGAUGUUUUAUUCCAUCUAUGUGAAUUUGGACAGGGGCUAGAUCUGAAAUGUUUAAAUCCAUAAGUGGGCAAACUGUUCAGGACAAGAAUGAAGCAGCUCUUAGAGAUGAAAUCUUGGAUGUGCUGAAACAAGUGUUGGAAGUUUACCCUUUACCUUUGGCUCAGAUAUGGCGAACAUGCAGGGUUUGCAGAUCUCUUUUCAAUAAUGGGGUCUUUGGUUUGAGCCGCAUGAGUGGACUAUCCUAUCUGAUGGAGGAAAAUGGUGAGAUUUUUUUGAGGGCAUGUGGGCAUCAUCACUUAAGAAUGGGUAUGGCGGUUGUUGGGACGGCACUUAAGUCCCUUAAUUUGGUAUUUUGCGCCGAUGUGACCCAAUUCAGCAUAACAGAAUACCCCAUGACACACUAUGCUCGAGAGUUUGGAUUAAGUGGUUGUGGUUGUUUCUCAAUAAGAGGGCCCGUUUCUUUCUAUCUUGGGACCGGUAAAACGUGGCACUUGAUAGAGGUUUUGCCUUCCUUCUGAAGUAAUGCCUGGUAAAGCGUAUGGACUGUUGGACUUAAUAGAAGUUCUGCAUUCCUUCCGGUUAACUACUAGUAAAGCGUGGCGUUUUGAGAUAGGUUCCAACUUUCCUUUUGAUUAGUGUCUGGUAAACUGCGUUGGAUUGGCUUAAUGAAGUCAGUUGUUAGUUAUGUUAUAUUUGUUGUUUGGCUAUAGAAUUGUGUAAAUAUAUAUGGCAUGGUGGAUUUGUGUUGGAGGUUUAAAGUGUGGAAUAAUUCUACAAGAAUUGGAUGAUAUUGUCAGGGUCAGUUACACUAGUUUAAAGUUCAAGGAAUUAUUUAUUUCAUUAUGAGUCCUUAUAGAGAUUGUAGAUGAAAGAUUAAAGUGUUAUGGAGACAAUGUUGUUCGUCUAUUGUAAAUAUUUGUGCGAGAGUGGAUAUUAAUUAUUCUAUUCA